AGGACAGACUAGCUCUGAACUCCCACAGAGUAGACGGAAGAGAGGAGAGAAGAGAAGAGGAACAUAGAAACAGAGUGCAGUCUACUUACAGUCUGCUUCUAGCCAGCACCACACACACAUAUAUCCACACACUUCCAGAACGCAACCUCACCCAUCCAGCUGGACUUUCUUUCUCCAAGUUGACUCCAGCCCUCAAGCCAUCUGGAGCUCUAUCUGUGACAACCUUUCCUCCACGCACCACCACUCUCACUCUGCCUCAUCCAUCUCUCCCUCGUUCCCUCUUUCCCUCGUUCUUCACGGGGGGGAUGGCACGGGCCUCUUUCGGGGGUGCCCUCGGCUGUGCCCUGCUGGCCCUGGUGUUGGCGGCCGGUAUGGAUUUGGGGAGUCCCCCUGUGGCAGGCUUCUACCCCCACUUCAACCCUUUCUUCUUCCUGUGUACCCACCAUGGGGAGCUGGAAGGGUCCGGGGUGGCAGAGAGAGGGGGAGAGGUGUUCCUCACCUUACAGAUCGCUGGGGACCCCACCCACUACACUCCGGGACAUGAAUAUCAAGUGACUGUCUCCACCAGUACUUAUUUUGAUGGUCUGCUGGUGACCGGUCUCUACACGUCCACUCCUGUCCAGUCUGCUCCUAUCCCUGCUCCUGCUGCAUUCGGCUUCGGUAAGUCAACCAAUCCGUACUUGGCGUCCUCAACAACAUGUAGUUUAGCCAAUGAAAGACAAGCCAAACCUUCUAUUCUACUGUGCUACUGAGCCUAUGGAAUUAGCUUUCCAUUCCUUAAUCAGCACUCACUGGUGAAAUCCCUUCCAUCCCCCCGUUGCUUUCAGAUCAAUGCAGAUGAAGGAACUGAAAUUACUUCAGUGUAUUCCCCACAAAACUGUGUGUGAGAGAGUCUGUAAAGCUCACCCAGUCCAUUGAUACCAGUCCAGCCCCUGAUGGUACCAGACCCAAAAGCACACAAACAGCCCAGAUGAUCUAACAGGCUACAAUGGAUUGGACUGGGAUUAAGUUUGGGGAUGAUGUAGACUGGGGUUGAGUCUGGGGAUGAUGUGCACUGGGGUUGAGUCUGGGGAUGAUGUGCACUGGGGUUGAUGUGGACUGGGGUUGAGUCUGGGGAUGAUGUAGACUGGGGUUGAGUCUGGGGAUGAUGUGCACUGGGGUUGAUGUGGACUGGGGUUGAGUCUGGGGAUGAUGUAGACUGGGGUUGAGUCUGGGGAUGAUGUGCACUGGGGUUGAGUCUGGGGAUGAUGUGCACUGGGGUUGAGUCUGGGGUUGAGUCUGGGGUUGAGUCUGGGGAUGAUGUGGACCUGGGUUGAGUCUGGGGUUGAGUCUGGGGUUGAGUCUGGGGAUGAGUCUGG